GUUUUAUUCUCUGCACGUCUUUGUAAAUAUAUAUAUUAGCAAAAUCAACAACAAGAACCAACAAACAACAAUAGCCUAUUUAUUUUGAUAGAAGUUAACAAUGGAAUCCUACUGGCUCGGACCUAAUAAUGAAGUCUCUCAAGUGCCUACAAAUAAUGAUUCAUCCUCUCCUGUGAAUGAUGAUGAGGAUUUUAAUAGUAAUACAAGAAGUGAAGAAGUAACCUCUUCGGUGGCUACAAGUACAAUCCUGAUGGAUAGACAACAAAACCAACAACAUCAUCAUCAUCAUCAAUCGAAUAAUCAUCAUAAUCAUGAUUCACCUCAGAGUAAUAAUAAUAACAAUGAUCAAAGAGAGGAUAUGAUUUCGGAAUCACCUACAAAAUUUAAUAGCUACUUGGAUAAUGUAUUAAAAUCGAGUUUCAUGACCAAUUUAAUUGUGUCGUAUUGGGACAAUAAUAUGGGUCCUCGACCUUUGAAAAUUUGGAAUGGAACAGUACCAAGAAGUGAAAUUCUAACAGAUGAUACCCUCUUGUUUAUUUCUAGAUUUUCAAUGAUGGAUGAUAUGCCAAGAUAUGAAGAAAUUGGACCAAAUAUUGAAAUUAAAUUUAAUAUCAUGUCGGAUUUGAAUGUAAUGGUACUAACAGCUGUAUUUUGCAGUAAAAAUUGGGAAAAGGGAACAUCAAGGUCGUUCUUUAGGAGAAAGGUUGAUCCUCCACCAACUUUAUUUACAAUCAGUAUUGUAAUGAAUAGAGAAAAUCUCUCCAAAUUUAUGGUCAUUAAUUUUAUCAUGAAGGAAAAACUCAUUACACUUGCCAAGAUUAUGAAACACUUUGCUGAUCAAUAUACCAAUUCGAAUCAGAAUGAAGUUAUUUCAAAUUUCGAGAACCAUUUACAUGAAUUUGUACAAUUAUACGAUUCUCUGAGUAGAAUUGUUUAUAGCCCGCCAUCAAUGAAUUUGUAUACUACUUUAUUCAGUGAAGAAAUUUCACUGAAAAGACUCUAUGAAAGUGAAGAGGAAUCAAUAUUUCUCCAACGAGCAAUAUCAUCACAUUUAGAAACACAUGGUUAUAGUGUAGUGGUUGGCUUACCUAAUCAAUUGAGGGAAAUCAAUGUUUGGGUGAAUACAUUGGCCAUGUUCCUUUCACAACACGAGAAACAAUUAAUCAAACAUGCCAAAAAGAUUGAAGCUACAAAACUACCAACAGAAAUUCAAACAGUUGUAAAAACUAGUUUCUUCAAGAGAGCCUCAGCACCAGUUAAAAUGUUGGAUCCUGAAAAUCUAUUCAAACCUGAAAUAUUUGUACAAGGUCUUGUAGUUACACCUGAUGUUUCGCAUUGGAAAGACUUGAUACCUACAAAAUCACUACUAUCUGGUAGAUAUCCAAUAUCAGUUAUAGAUUUAAAAGAUAGAAAAGUAUAUUCCUUUAAAAAGUAUCAGUAUUUCCAAGCUUUUAAGCAGGAAUUCUUUGAAGAAUCCGAGUCAAAGAAUAUUCUCAAUGAUUUUGGAAUUCAAAACACUGGUAACGACAAACAAUUUAGAGAUCACUAUGAAGAGGCUAGAAGAAUUUGCACAAGUGUUCAAGAGCUGUUCUAUGUCAUUCUCAAAGUUAUGCCCCUAACAAUAUAUCCCUCUAUGAGAUAUUCCCUCAUUUCUGAGUUUGUUCGGCUUCUUAAUAGAAAGGCGUUGGCACUUGCAAAAUACGUUCAUUCAAUGAGGAAUGUGGAAAUGAUAGCGCCUGCCAAAAUUCAAAAGGUUCUAGUGAAACAUGUUAUGAUUAAUAAUAGUGUUCAGAAAUACAGACCUGAUGAUUUGACUUCUGAAUUAAUGGCCAUUACUGCUACAGCAGAGAAAUUACAACACGGAGUUUAUACAAUAGUAACAGGAGAUCCAAGACAAGAGGCAGAAGAUGUUGUUAACUUUUUGGGGUCGACAAAUUUCUAAUAGUUCCUUAAUAAAAAUACACGAUUCUUCAAA